CUAUAGAGUUGUGAGCAUACAGUACAUCCCUUUCUCCCCCCCACCUUGUAUUGGAUAAGGAAAUCCCAAAAGAACACAGACAGCGUUUGCCAUAGCCAUGUCUCUCUCUUGUUUCUCCACCACCAAACUCCACCUCAAACCCCUACACCCAAACACGCCCUUAACCCUCAACUCAGCCUUUCUCCCCAAAUUCCAACUCCCCAAACUGAAGAAAACCAACAAACCCGUUGUUUCAUUAACAUCAUCAUCAUCCCCAACAAUCUCAGCUUCACUUGAAGCUGGUGUUGGUAUAAUGGCAACUAAACUUGGUAUGAUGAGUUUCUUUGAGGAAACAGGUACAGUUGUCCCUGUAACUGUUGUUGGUUUUCGGGAAGGUAAUAUUGUUACUCAGAUUAAAACUGAAGCUACUGAUGGUUAUAAUGCUGUACAAGUUGGUUAUAGAAGAGUGAGAGAUAGAAAACUUACUAAACCUGAAAUGGGACAUCUUGAAAAGUCUGGGAUUAUUCCUUUGAGACAUUUGCAAGAGUUUAGACUUCAGGAUGUUGAUGGGUUUGAGGUUACUCAGAAACUUGAUUUUAAUGAGUUGUUUAAUGAGGGUGAUUUGGUUGAUGUUUCUGGUACAACUAUUGGAAAAGGAUUUCAAGGUGGUAUCAAGAGGCAUAAUUUCAAGAGGGGUCUAAUGACUCACGGAUCAAAGAGUCAUAGACAACUAGGAUCAAUUGGUGCUGGAACAACCCCAGGGCGUGUAUAUAAGGGCAAGAAAAUGCCUGGAAGGAUGGGAGGCACCAAGACCAAGAUUAGAAAGCUGAAGAUUGUCAAGAUUGAUGAUGAACUCAACAUUCUAAUGAUCAAAGGAGCUCUUCCUGGUAAGCCUGGAAAUCUUUUGCGAAUAGCUCCAGCCAAGAUUGUGGGCAAAAACAUCCCCAAGAACUAAUCCCUCUUCUCAACUCUGUCAACUGAUGUAAUUUAUUCUUUUCAAAUAUGUAGCUUUAAAAUUUUGAUAUUGCCUUCUCUCUCUUUUGUCACGAUAUCGUUAUUUCAGAGGCUGGGUAACAUUCUUCAAGUUCUAAUUUUCAGAUUUCUAUCUAAAA